CUUUCGAUUAUUGAUGUUUUAUUUGAUCUUUCUCCUGUAUUCACUCAUGAUAUAAUAAAUCUGCAAUAAAAGCACUAGAUUUGUUUACAUUGACCCGAGUUAUCAUUACGUUCCUCAUCCUUCGUCACAGGCCUCUUUCCCCAACUCUUCAUAUUUUAGCUAUUCCCCAGAGAUAUAUGGCAAGAUUUGAACAUUCUAUAUCCUACAUACUCUUACAUUUAUCAAUCUACCUAUCAAUUCCAAAGAGCGAGAUUCUAUAACCCGCUUCCUACCACUUCUCCGUAUAGAAUCGCUAUGGGAGUGCAAAGAUGAAGGCAAUACGCAUCAAUAAGUUUGUUAAAGAUUAUGACGAGAUCAGGGUAUCUGAGGUUACAAAACCUCAACCCAAGGAGGGAGAGGUAGUUGUACGGGUUAUUGCGGCUGGCGUCAACUUUGUAGAUCUUUUAUAUGCCAGAGGAAAACACCAAAACAAUACACAUCUCGUCCGUCCCCCCUUUAUCCUUGGCCUUGAGUUCUCGGGUAUUGUCGUAUCCUCCCCGCCAACCUCCAAAUACCGCCCUAAAGACCGGGUCUUCGGCAGUGGUUUGGGCGGAUACGCCGAGUAUAUCGCCGUAAAAGAGUCCUCUCUCCGUCAUACCCCAAAGGGUUGGUCACUCGCUUCCUCAGCCGGCCUCGCAGCCACUGCCCCCGUUUCUUAUGGAGCUCUGAUUCUACGGGGUGGCUUGAAGAAAGGCGAGACGGUCCUGAUCCAUGCCGCCGCGGGGGGGUUGGGGUUGAUGGCCGUACAAAUCGCAAAAGCUGUUGGUGCUCAUGUAAUCGCCACUGGGGGCUCGAAAGAGAAGCUCGAUGUAGCGAAGAGAUUUGGGGCUGAUGAGUGCGUCAAGUACACUACUAACGAGGAUUGGUGGAAAGUAAUCCUGGAGAAGACGGAAGGAAGAGGCGUAGAUGUGGUUUUCGACCCAGUAGGGUUGGUGAACAAGACGCUGAAGUGCUUAAAGCCUAUGGGGAGAAUCUUGCUGAUUGGGUUUGCGGGGCGAGAGGGCGAUAUGGAACGCAUUGCUAUGAACCGGGUUUUGUUAAGGCAGGCGCAGGUCAUAGGUUACCGGUUUGGCAUGACGGAUCGAUUAGAUCCCACAGAGACGGAGAAAAUUUGGAAAGGGCUUGGAGAUAUGCUGGAGAAAGAGCUUCUGAAACCUACGGUAUAUGAUCGUGAAUAUAGAGGGCUGGAGAGUGUGACGACAGCGAUGAAGGACCUUAGUGGAAGGAAGGUUUGGGGUAAAGCUGUGAUUUUGUUGGAUGUUGAAUACCAUAAGCCCCGUCUGUAAGGUGCGAUCAAUAAGUAGAAGCUAUAUAUCCAUCAUCCAAAAUGUGUGAAACGCGCAAGUUCACCUCAAUCAUCACCUGCACCUAUCAUCCCUAGCCGGACCACGUGAUACUUG